CUUUGCCUGCUCCUAACACGCGGCUCUUACGGCGAGAAACGAGUAUAUAAGCUGCCGGGACCGGCGGUAAGUUCGUCACAUCAGCCGGAUCCAAUCCAGCAGUAACAGCUCAGUACACAGCAGCAACCAACCAACCAACCCACCAACCCAUCACCAUGAAGGCUUUCCUGGCUACCAUUGUUCUCGCGGCUCUGUCCGCCGCCUCCGCCAAGCCCUCCGGACUCUGGGGACACGGCGCCGCCCUGGCUGGCCCAGUCACCGGACCCAACAGCCUCAUCGGACCCGCCAACGGACCCCACGCUCUUGCUGGACCCGUCAACGGACCCACUCGCAUCUCCGGAGCCGUUGACCUCGGUGCCGUCGUCACCGGUGCCGUUGCUGGACCCUCCGUCGUCAGUGGAUCCGUCAGCGCCGGAACUGCCGUCCUCGGCGGACACGGUGGAUGGGCCGGUCCCUGGGCUGCUGGACCCGGUCUCCUCGCUGGACACGGUGCUUGGGGACACGGAUCCGUCCUGGCUGGACCGAUCGCUGGACCCGCUCACCUCGCCGGCCCGAUCGCCCCUGGCGCUCUGAUCGCCGGUCCCUCCGGAGUCAUCAACGCCGGACUCGGCCACGGACACGGUGCCUGGUGGUAAAUCCCAACCCUCCCACCUUCUCUACGAUCCAACACUGGCGACGAUGACGAUGCGAGGGCGAGAGACCAAGCGAGAGGAAGAGAGGGACACCGAAGCCGACACCUGCACACACAUACACACACACACAUCAGUGCCAUACGACCACGGCGUGUCAGCUCCGGACGUACACUCUCUUCGCUAGAGACUAGUGUACACUGAGCCGAGUCGCCGAACCGCCACACGAUCUCCUCACCGUUUUACGACCGCUAUAGUACCUCCCGCCGAUAAUCGAUUUUACUCGCGUGUUAUACUACGCUACGUUUAUGUUACUCUGUACAAACGUCACACGCACACAUACAUACGUAUAUCCACACACACACACAUAAACACGUGAACACAAUCAGCAUAUGAAAAAAGUGUAAAAAAACGACCUUUAUCCACUUAUUCACAUGUAUCUCGUUUUUUUAUACAUAUAAUAAAUGGCAUAUCACUUCAAUGGA